AUGGUGACGAGGGGAGAUGCUGUGGCGGUGAGGGGAGAUGCUGCGGUGGCGAGGGGAGACACUGUGUCGGCGAGGCGAGAUGCUGCGACGGCGAGGAGAGAUGCUGCGGCGGCGAGGGGAGAUGCUGCGGCGGCGAGGGGAGACACUGCGGCGGCGAGGGGAGACACUGCGUCGCCGAGGAGAGAUGCUGCGGCGACGAGGUGAGAUGCUGUGGCGGCGAGGUGAGCGGUUACGGGGGCUGUAGCUCCUGGAUAGGGGAAAACAACAGCAGUCAGAUCAAAUUGGCACAGAAUUUGAACAUGGGAUACAUGGGGCACUUCCCUGUGUACUUGUGCUCUUUGAUGGUUCCUUGGGCCAUGAAGUCAAGCAUCCUUUAAUGGAUUAUAUUUCCUUUCAUCCGCCAUGCUUUUUAGUCUAUUCAGGGCCUUUCUACUAUGCAGGGAGAAUCAAAAGUCAUGCUUCUUAUUGACUUAUAACAAAUAUCCCAUGACCAGUUCAGCUGCAAUAGCUUCAUAUUCUCUAUAGAUGAUCCAAAUACUAUUGGAAACUCUGGACUCAUUCAGUCAUGGUUUCCAGAACUUUGCCACUUCAUGACAGAGAAAAGAAAGCAAAACCCUUUAAAUUUUAUCCUCUCAGAAAUAUGAUUUUCUAGCAUUACCUUCGACCAUAGCUGGGGCUCCUGCGGUACCGGGGACUUGGAGUACGGCGCCUUCCACUUCCCAAUCCUCUGGAACCAAUACGAAGGCGACAUUCACGGGCAAAAUGUCCUGGCUCACCACACUCGUAACACUUCAUAUCAGAACCUCCAGGUCGAUCACGGGUAUGGCCACGUCCUCCGUGUGACAUCUCUACCCUCCAUCCAUUUUUACCUAUUUAAAAAGAUCAAGAAAACAUAAAUCCAAUCAUUGAAAACCAUGCUGUUGCACCAAAGGAUACUGGAAACAGUUUUUACCCAAGACUAGUAAUUGUAAGCAUUUAUACAUAAGCAUCAAACUAUGCUAAAAAAUAAGAUAAAAGACACGAGUUGAUUUACGUAUAAGCAUGUAAAUAGAUAUAUUCAGACUAGUAACUGUAAAGGACACUCAAUUUCAUGGGAAAAAAAGAUUGCAUACAUAUUACAAAAAAGCCUAUAUACUUAUUCACGGACCAUCCAGCUCACGGAUAGCAUCAAGAGCAUCUCGUCGGUCGUCAAAGUCAAUAAAAGCAUAACCGGGUGGUUUACGGGCAACCCAUACACUGCACACAAAUAUUCAAAACAAUUAACUAUCAAUUAAACGGGUUAUUCUAAUCAUAUAAAAUAUGAGGAAAUGAGCCUUCUGUAAGUAAAAUAACACGAACAGGAAAAAAAAAAGAUCACCAAGAAGUUGUACAAUGAAUCCAUCUCAGAUACCACAGUUCAAAGGAAGAGAGAAAGGAAAGUCAAAUGUCUGAACCCAUUCCAAAGAGCAAAAAAGAACGUUAGAUGUCCAGCCUGAAUCCAUGCUGCUAUGACAUAAGCGUUAGUGUACCACCAAUGUAGGAUAUUUUUCUAGUCUCAUAUGAAGACACAAUACAACUAGCACCAGAUAUCCUGGAAAUUCCUGUUUCUAAUUUUGUGAAAAAGAGGUAACAAGGUUACACUAGUAUGAUACUUCACUCAUAGAUAUACAAAGAUGUGUAGCGAAUCGAGCACAGGUUCUCAAUUUUCUUAUAUCAAGGCUGUAAUAAUCUGGAUACUGAAAUGCAUAAUAUACUUGGCACUGAAUUUUACUUGUGCCCUUGCUAGACCUUGCACUCAAAAUUCAAAAAAAAAAGAAUAAUUGUGAUAUUCGAAGCAUGGUUCUUCACGAGUGGAUCUCCAUAUUAAGUAUAAGGCGAAAAGUAAGGAGUGAAUAAUGUGCAACCCCUUCACCACCUUCAAACAAUGAUAUGAACCCAGACGGAGAACAGUAUGGCCCUCGUUUAGAUUAUGACUUAAGAUCUAAUGGUAUCCUGUUGAGAUAACAUACCACUUAACAGAACAAAUAACAUAGUAAAAACAAAUAUUUAGCCACACGUUAAGGAACAGAGAAGAGAGCUUUAAAUUGUCAUUUCCAUCAAGUAACACUCAUGGUAAAUAUUUUUCUGUGGAUCAUAUAGUAAUUCAAUCCUCAGGAAAACUUCAGCAAACUAAGAGAAAAAUAGCUAUAUUUCGCUACUGUGGCCGUUAUUCUACGUGGCAUAACUACAAGAAAAACAGAGCUGAUAGCUCUCAACAUGUAUACAUAGUAUAAAAAAUAAAAAUACCAAGGUGUUGAUGAAGGCAGAUUGACGGGUUUAAAUUUCAAAGACAUUUAAAAAUACCAAUAGUAUAUGUUCGAAUCUCUGAACUAAGGGUACACAGGUCUACUGCAACGACAUUGGUCGCAACUGCCACAUAUCCUGAUUAAUCCAACGUUCUUCCAUUGAAACAAAUCAUCCACCGUUAAUAGAGAACAGAUAUGUGCCAAAUGAGUUUACACAAAGAUGAGAUAUCAGGAGAAUGUCGGGUAACCCAUAUAGUUCCCGUUGCUUUACACUGAUUUGAAGGUCAAUACGGAAAUGAAUUACAGUAAUGAUAGAUGAUGUCAACAACCCCAAUCCGACUCUCAGAUAUAUCUUAAAGUAAAUUAUCCUAAAAAACACUCCCACCGUACCUUCUCAAAACGCCAAAUACGCGGAACUCGUCCUCGAGCUCCCUUUCGGUCACCCGUGAGUCGAGGUUCCCCACGUAGAUGCGAGCCAUCUCUGAAUCAGGUCAUUAUAGUUUCAUGUACAGUCGAACUUCUUGACAUGGGUUAUGAAAAGAAAUAAAAUCUUUAACAAAAAAGCCUAUAUCUUCCGGCAGAGAAGUGAAAAUGAAACACUAAAUAGUGUGUGCCGGGGAGUAACCAGACUUUCCAUGGAGGAUGCCAAGAGGAAAAAACAAUUCAAAGUGGAGAAAAAGAAAUUUCGAGUACAUUGGACGAUGGAAAGACGUCAAGCAGAUAACCGCAAACUAAAUCCUCAGGGCGGCAAACCCCCAAAACGGUGCUAAAGCAGAAACGACCGUCAAACUGAAAACGAAGAAGUUCCGACUGAUUGCCCGAUAAUCUACAGAAAACUUCAACAGGCUACUUGGAAUCGCAUGUAGGGAGAAAUUAAGAACAAUCAGAUCUCAAAAGACCUUGCGCGCAGAGAAGACGCGGAACCGAUCCACCCGUGCAAAGUAAUGCAAUGCUCCUAUCGGUAAGAAGGACGAAAAGACUCUCUAGAUACCUCCACGGAGCUCCGCUUCCAGUUCCGAUGCCCAAGCACCGGGCGACCGCGGCCACGGAAACCCUAGGCAAACCCUCCGGCAGAGACGGCCGGUCGUGUCGGAAGCGAUUGGGCUAAAGGGCCGAGACGGUGACUAUUUGUGGUUUUUAAUGGGCUGACAGCUACCCCGACCCGCCCUCCCAGAUAUGUUAAGGGGCUUACUUUGAGUCGAGAUAAGCAUCCCACUACCGGGCCGAAAGUUUCUCCCUGAACAAAGGAUUGUUUUGGGCCAGCACAUAUUUCAAGCAUCGUCUGAAGGUCACUGAAAAUGGGUCUCGGCCCAUUAAAGGAAACUGGUUGAUACCCCAUUGCGUCUGAGAGAGAGAGAGAGAGGAGAGCCGAUGUCUUCCCACUUGCGCAGCAAGCCAUUCAGUUGCCCAAAAGUUCAGCAGCUGAAGGUUUAACAGAUCCUAUUAAUGCAUGCACAAAUGUGGAAACUACCCAUGAAUAGAUAAAUACGUGAGCCUGGAUAUUACUGGCUACUAUGUACUCACUCGAUUUGGAUGUUCGUGAUGCAGGUCUCUUCGUUGACUUCAACCGCGAAGGAUGUGUUUCGUCACCUCUGAAAUCAACAGACCCAGCAUGAAUUCAUAAUAUAUCAUCCACUGCGAGUCAGACUGUCACUGGAGGACGACGGUACGGACAUCCCCGAGUCAGCUGCUUAUCUCCUUAUUUCUCUGUCCAAAUCUCUCUCUCUCUCUCUUUCUCUCUCUUUCUCUCUCUUUCCCUCCCUUCCCUCUCACUCCUCUCAUCCCCGUUCCCUUCCCCCCCCCCCCCCCCCUUACUCGCUUGCCAUAGGAAGUUUUCUCUUUUAUUGUUUGUGAUUCUCACUCAGGGAUUACUCUUGUAAUCUCACAGAGGAGAACCCAUUAAGCGUCGUGCUUUCAUAACCAGAAGUAAGAACAUAUCAACAGGAGGGUUUCUUCGCGACAGAAGGAAGAAAGAGAAGAGAGACGGAGCAAUGAGAAGUGAAGAAGGAGAGUCACUGAGAACUGCAGCUGGUGGAUUCCCCCGCUCAACAAAAGGAACUACUGGGUGCUAUCAGAGAGUGGGGUUCUGAGUACGUUGACAUACUUGCGAGUCAACCGUUUGAACAAGGGAUCCAAAGUUGUGAAGGUGUCUAGGAUAUGAGGUCUUGUGUAUGUUUCGAAAAGUCGAAAGAAACUGAACAGUUUGAUGGAUAAAUCUUCAUUUUAUUCUGAUUAUCGUCUCAAAAAAGCAAGCAAGUCAACGUUUUGGAUGCUUCGGCUCCGCUUGGGUUUCAAGGGAUCUGGACACAAAUCCAGGGCAGCUGCUCUCCAGACAGCAGCUCGCGUUAUGGGCCUUACAAGAUGUUAUGUUUUGAAGGCAUUAAGAACACAUCUGCGACAAUUAAUUGACUCCGUGGAAAUGGAUCUAGGAAUGGAACAGGUACCAGAAGAGAGCCGUCCCUUUGAAAGACAGCUUGAUCGCCAGUUGAGAUUCAUCAACGAAGAGUGAUGCACCACUAGGCAUUAAUUAACCAAGAACAAGUUCACAAAGACGAGUAAGCGCUUUCCCAGAUCUGACGGACAUAUUGAUAAUGAUGGCUGCGAAAAUAACCAUAAAGGCGGAGUUGUAGACUGCUACAGAUGACGAAGAACAUCCACCCAGUUGAGUCACAAAGCUUCGCCAUCUCUCUAGACUCGAGGGAGGGUCGCCUCAUGGUUCCUCGAGUGGAGCCCUCGUGUACGCUAAGUUCUCCAUCCUCGUGGCUGCUUCUUCUUGAUUCUCCUGGCACUCGUAGUAGAACACCACGUUGACGGCCUGGAUUAACACCAUCACCAGCAGGUAGACUAACGAGAAGAUGAUCGAGCUGAGCAGAUCGGGCAAAGGGAAAAAAGUUGCUGUUGAGAUCAACGUCUGGGCCAAGGCCACAACGAGGAAAAGGAGAAAGUUUACUCUGAACCCUGAUCCCUUCAUCCCUUGGACGCGCUCCGCUGCCCUUCCAAGAGCGAAUAUCCCGGAGCGUCCUUCCUCCAUCACGGAGACCACAACGGCUUGUGACCAAAGCAUGCUCAAGUGUAGAAAGAAAAGAAAUCCCAGGAUGGCCAUGGCCGCGAUCAAGGCAAGAGUCGCAGCGGAAAUGCCGCCGAAGAAGGCGACAGCACUCAUCAGCAAGACGCAGAAGCUCAGAUAACCCGAGGUGAGAAAGUAGACAUAGAUGUUUGUGGCCAUCGUGCCCAUCCAGGUCCUCCGGAUCCUGACGACGAGGUCCUUUAGGGCCACCGUCCGGCUCUUCCCGACCAUGGCGACAGUGUAAAUGAUCGCUAUAACGAUGAACGAAUAGAGCAGGUAAUAAGUCAACGACACAACAACUACGGCUCUGAUAAUCUGCCGGAUUUCAUCCCAAGAUUCGUUAACGAUCGAAUUAAAUGCGUCAGUACCAUUCUCCAGUCUGCGUAGGAGGUUUUUACGCCUGAGGAAGUGCGAAAUUGAAGAGUCGACGAUAGACGAGGUUCUAGAGAGGCAGACAUAGUUGAGCACAAGAAUGAUAACCAGGAUGGAGAGCAUGGGCUUAGCGCUCCUCCAGAAAAGAUUUGCACCUUUCCGAAUAAUCCCCAUGGCCGUCAACGGCCUAGGCGCCUCCUUACCCAUGGCUUCUCCGUGUAUCUUGCUUCCUGCUGAAUUCAGUCCCUUCUCACCUCCCUCUUCUUUCUAUUUAUGCUCUUCCUAUCCGUUUCGAAAGGUUUCUCUACGGGUGAUCCAGUCCGUGACAGGCUAACCUCGGGAAAGAAUCGUGGCGGAAGCUCACUUGAGCUCGUCUCCUCGGGUGGGAAAAAAGCUUUAAAAGAAAGCGUCAAUCAGCUGUUCUAAGCGCGCAUCUCAUUGGAUAAGACUGCCUUGGUCUCCACGGCAAGAGUCAAAUCUAUUUAUAGCGAUAUCGAACCGUUCAGCCGUCCAAGUAAUGGCAAUGGAGUCGAUAGAACGUUUAGUUGCUCGCUCGCGUUAACGGCAAGAGCAUCAACUUCCGCUCAUAUCGAUCUAGGAACGGCCCAAGUCAACUCCUCACUAGAAAAUAUAUCUCUUUUGAUGUCCAUGAUUACGGAGAGAAAGAACUCUGGUUUCCAAUGAGAACUCGGCCUUAGCUUCCUUUCCUCCGUGGCUCUUCUGGUGGUCCUUGAAUGAUGGAAGAUGGUUGGAGAUGGGCUGGAGACGGAGGCGGAGCGACGAAGAGGCCAGAUCCCAUUGCGUGGAAGAGUCGAUGCAUCUCUUCCAUCACUUGAUUGAGGGUAGACAAACCUGUUGGACUGAGUGCCCUGCCUCGUCGACACUAAACUACAAAAUAAAAAUGUUAACCAAACACUAACUUAUAUAAACUAAUAUACAUUAUCUGCGAAUUACAGAUUUCACCAGUGCGACGUAAUUUUCUAUGACAUGUAUUUUUGAAAUUAAUCUCAAUGUGAAUAAUUAUAUAUUAUGAGGCUAUCAUUGAGUUAAUUCCACUUAAAAUAAUUCAUUAUAAUUUAAAUAUAUAAUAUUAUAGACUCUCUUGUAAAUAUGAAUAUAAAUAUAAAUAUGUAUAGAAACUAGAUCUUAUUUUAAUUUUAUGAUAUAAUAAAUCAUAAAAAUAUAUCAAAAGACUAAUCACUUUUUAUCUAUAAAUAAGGAGGUUAUAGUCCUUAAGUCACACAUAGUCAGUCACUCUUAAAACAUCUUAUCUCUCUUGAGUAAGUUAUUGGACAAUUACUCUGUGCUAAUCUAAAAGGUCACCUUCAUAUGUUUUCAUAGAUUCAAAUAUGAUUUUAAUUUAUUAUUAAUAUGUUUUAUUAUUCUUUAUUUAUCUCACCACUAAAUCCUUCAUAUUCAACAUAUACAAGAGAGAGAGAUAAAGAGGGAGGGAGGGAGCGAGAGAGAUAGAGAGGAGAGAAAGAGAGAGGGGAGAGAGAGAGAGCGAGCGAGAGAGAUAGAGAGGAGAGAAAGAGUGAGGGGAGAGAGAGAGAGGGAGCGAGAGAGAGAGAGGGAGAGAGAGAGAAGAGAGAGAGAGGGAGGGAGCGAGCAAGAGAGAGAGAGAGAGGAUUGCCUGAUGAGCUUCGAGGAGAAGACAUUGGCUCACCAUUCAUUCUCCAGAGAAAGAUUUCAGCUUUCAAAGGACACCUGGAUGGCGGUGGCGGGGUUGGGAGGCCGCGUGGAGGCGGAGACUAAGCCCUGGAGAGUCCUUAUAACCUCCGCCGGAUCGUCAAGGUAGUACCUCGCCCUGCUUGGCUUCUGCCCGACAGUGCAGGCGAAGACCUCCGUCGCCUCGGCGGUGGCCAGCCUCCGUACCUUCACCGCUCCGGCGAUGCUCUCGAACAUGUCCUCGUCCGAUCGAUCGUCCCCGACGCAGAAGAUAAAGUCAACGGGCUUCCCUCCUGUGGCUAUCGCCGCGACGAGACCCUCCACCACCUUCCCCUUGCUGACGCCCUGAAAGAUAAAUAUUCUCAUCCAUCUUGACCCCCGAGUUUCCCCACAUUUUGAUCCCAUCUUCUUGUCCGAGGAAGAUGGCCGAUCAUCAUCACCAUACCUGGGGUUUGACUUCAACGAUGUGGUGGCCUCUUUUUACGACAACGGCCUCGUUGACGAGAACACUCUCGAGGUGGUCGAGGAGUUCCUUCGCCUGCCUCGACCCGAAGUCCGGAUUGGCGUCAUGGUGGUGCCAGACCAGGGCGCUCUCCUUACGCUCGAUCCACGAGCCGUCGGUCGUCUCCGCGUAAACCCUCAUGACAGGCUCCACCAUCUCCAUCCAUCUAAAGUCAACGGCCGGCGAGCAAGUCUCCCACUGCGUGUCCCUACCCCACCUGCAAUCAAUUCCACACUGUUUGAUUCCCACUCUCGCCAGAAAACAAAAACCAACAAUUUUGGUUCGUUUGCCGAUGACCUGAGAUCAGAGCUCUCUGCCAACGAUAAAGAUGGAUAGAUGGAUAGAUAGACAGAAAUAGAUAGAUAGAUGCCUCAUGAAGAAGCCGUGCUCGGCGGAGAUCCCCAGGUUCUCGACGGUGCCGAACCAGUCGCUCAGGGAGUGUCUCCCUCUGCCGCUGACGAGGAAGACGACGUUCUUUGGAUCGCUGCAGAGGCUACUGAGCAGGGAGAUAACCUCCUCGCCGGGGGCCUUACUUGCUGACGCCUGAGGCAGAAUCGUUCCGUCGUAGUCGAGCAGCAGCAGCCUGCUGGUCGUCUUCCUGUAGACGGAGACGAUGUGCUCCACCGAGAGCUUCCUGAAGCUGGGGCCGAGGGCGACGACCCUGAAUCCUAGGCCGAAGCCGAUCCCCCAGACCCUCUUGAGGAAAUGGUGUCUGCAGGCCCUCUGCAGGUCCCGGUCGAAGCUGCCCGCCCAGAAGGCAACGUCGUGGGAGCUGACGUACCUGAAAUGCUUCUCAUGGCGUAGCUGCUUCUCCGCCGCUGGGGUCUUGAGGGCGACGCUCAGGGCCUCCGCCACCGCGUCGACGUUCCAGGGGUUGACUCUGAUGGCGGCGCUGAGCGACGGGGAGCAGCCGAUGAACUCCGAGACCACGAUGAUGCUCCUCCUCGGGCAGCCCUCCGCCGCCGCAGCCGGGCUCCCCUGCCGGCAGACGGUGUACUCGUAGGGCACCAGGUUCAUGCCGUCCCGCACGGCGUUGACCACGCAGCACUCAGCGAUGGCGUAGAAGGCGACCCUCUCGUGGGGGGGCAGCCGCCGGUGGAUGAGGACAAUCGGGUCGUACCCUGGAACGGCGAAGCGGCGGUUUAUCUCAUUGGCGAUGGCGACCAUCUCGUCCAACAGUUCCUGCACCUCCUUCCCGCCGCUCCUCGCAGGGUUGGCGAUCUGGACGAGGACCGCUCGUCCCCUCCAUUCUGGGUGAUCUUCCAGGAGCUGGCCCAUGGCUAGGAACUUGAGGCUGAUGCCCUUGAACAGAUCGACGUCGUCGAUGCCCAGGAGCACCGUCCUGCCGUGGAAUUGCUGCAUCAGUUGGCGGGUCUUCUCGCUGGCCGCCGGCGACCUCAUAACCGUCUCCAGUUGCCCAAUGUCCACGCCGACAGGGAGGAUCUUGAUGCCGACGAUCCUCCCGUAGUAUUCGAGGCCGAUGAACCCUCUCUUGGACCGGUGGUCGAUCCCCAGCAUCCGGCUGCAGCAGGAGAGGAAAUGGCGGGCGUAAUCGAAGGUGUGGAAGCCGACCAUGUCGGAGUUGAGCAGCGCCUUGAGGAUCUCCUCCCUAACGGGAAGCGUCCGGUAGAUCUCCGAGGAGGGGAAGGGGGAGUGGAGGAAGAAGCCGAGCUUGACGCGGUGAAACCGGCGGCGGAGGAAGGUGGGGAGAACCAGCAGAUGGUAGUCGUGGACCCAGACGUAGUCCUCGUCGGGGUCAAGGACCUCCGUCACCUUGUCGGAGAAGGCCUUGUUGGCGGAGACGUAGGCCUGCCAGAGGGCGCGGUCGAAGCGGGCGGCGCCGGCGGUGGUGGAGAUCGGCUGAGAGUGGUGGAACAGCGGCCAGAGGUAGCGCUUGCAGAAGCCGUGGUAGAAACGGUGGUGGAGAUCAUCGGAGAGGAAGACGGGCACACAGCGGAACUUCUCGUACAGGUGAUGGGCGAUCUCCUCCUGAUCGGCGGCCUCGACAAUGGGGUCGCCGCCGGUCGACGGUCGCGGCGGCGGCGGCCGGAGGGUGCCAAUGUGGAUGACCUCCGUCCCGGCGGGGAACCCCGCGCGGAGCUGGAGGGAGAGGGCGUCGGUGUCCCAGGAGAAGCGCCACCGGCGGGUGAAGGAGUCCCGGUGAGCAAGGACGGGAAGCUGGUUGGUGACGAUGAUCCGCCGUUCAAGGGGGAAGGGGGAGUCGCAAGCGCCGGCGACGAAGGGAGGAACCGGAUCGUCGGAGGAGUGGCCGGUGGCGCCGCCGAUCCCGCCGGAGUCGGAGAUGAUGCCCGGAACCGUCACGGCGCGGGAGAGGCGUGGGUUCAGCGGUCUCGUCGGGGAAGCGAAGUCCACCGCCGUCUGAGACACCAACUCCAGCAGGUUGGCGCAGGAUAUCGACGGCAUUCUUCCUCGAAUGCGAAAUCAAGACUCCACCUGGUGCCGCAACCAACCGAGGAAGAAGAAGGCGAUCUCGCGGCGCAUCGGAGGGAGGAAGAAGGCGAUCUCCCUUCCCCCAGGACGGCAAGAGAGAGAAAGAGAAACACAGAGAGAGAGAGAGGAUAACGCAGAAGGGAGGACGUGGGUUAGGAAAAGGACUAUAA